AUGAAAGCCCCCGACUCUUUCCAGAAUCGUGGCUUCUGGUGCGACUUCCACCGAGACCGCGGUCACAAAACGGAGGACUGCAUCGCACUAAAGAUCGAGGUCAACGAGCUGCUUAGGAAAGGGCACCUCAGGGAGUUCCUUUCCGAGAAGGCCAAUAGCCAUCUAAGCAAGGAGACAACGGGUAUGCCCACUGAAGCUGCUCCUGUCUCGCCACCGCGACAGGACCGAGUGAUCCAUGUCAUCUCGGGCAGUUCAAAAGUCAGCGGCAUAAGCCAUGCAGCCGAGAGGAAAAGCACGUGGAACGCCAAGCACGGCCUAGAGGCUGCCAAGCCAAAACGCCUGCUCCUAGGGACGGACGAAAUAAGUUUCACGGCCAAGGAGCAGGAGAAAGUCCUCACUCCUUACCAUGACGCCCUGGUUAUUUCGUUCAUUGUAGCGAACUGCCUGGUAAAAAGGAUACUGGUAGAUAAUGGAAGCUCAGACAACAUCAUCUUCCGGGACGCAUACAAGGACAUGGGGCUGGAGGGAGGCGCCCUAACUCGUAGGGUAACCCCCAGCGGGGAAGUCAAGCAAACCGCUGGGGAGAUACCCUCCCCAUAUACGCCGAAGGAGUCAACAUGUUAA